UGUCACAUAAAAAUAUAGCCGAUCACAUUGUAAAUCUCAAGUUUGCAACAAAGUAUCUGCUAUUACUGAAUUCUAAACAGGCGUACAUUAUGCUACCCACGAGGGCUUUCGUAGAUCUGAAAAUAAUGCACAGCAUGGACGCCCCAUGGUCAUUGCCAUGGUUAGUAACAUUGUCUCCUUUCUUAGACAGUUGUUUUGAGACUUGACAGAUUAUGCAUCAUGAAUAUUUAUGUUUACUAAAUUAGGAUAUUUGCGCGAUGCGUUUCGACGACCCACAAUCCACUAGAGAAUGGUUGACCUGUCAGCUAAGUGGGUUAUGAAAGUUACUGUCAAAACUGUAUCCAGCUUGUUCCACAUCAAGGAACUAAAAAAUAAGAGGUCAACAUGACUGGAAAGCAAAAGGGUAACGUGGUUGGUGAGCUGUGCCCUUACUGUGGGAGGACAUUCAAGAGGCUUAAAACUCAUCUUAAUCACUGCAAGAUGGCUCCCGCUGUUGCGUCCCCCAAAAGUGCAGACACCCUGAGUGAGGAUGCGCUCCUUAAGGCCGUGGUAGUCAAGAGUAAGAAGAAGACUGCCGCUGCAACAAGCCGAGACCAACUUUCUUCUUCCAGUCAGGGUAAAACUGAGUCUCUGUCUGAUUUGAAAACCAAAAAUAGAAAUAAAAAGUUAGUGAAACCAGCAGAACCUAUUACCUCAACUCCUCUCGCAUCUCCUCAAACUACCAACCCUGCAUCAGAUAGUCUAAGUGAAGACACGGGGCAAAUUAAAAGGAAAUGGCCAGGAAGGAGUAAACAGGAGACAGAGAAAGAGAAGCUGUCUGCUGUUUUGAUGGAAACGGGCAGAAUAUCAUUACCGAAAGCUACGGCUUUAGGAAAAAUCACACUGGCUGCGAAUGUCUUGAAGGGAUCAACCGGUGGAGGAGAGCAGAGAGAGGUCACCAAAGCUACCAAACUCAAAAACGCAGCCAAGUCAAAGGCUUCACUUCGCUUGCCAGUCGAGGAGAAUGGUCUUGCUGUUCCUCUCACUACAGCAAUGGCGUCUGUUCAGGAACGCACACAUAAAGCUCUGCAUAAACCUCACACAGAAAACGACCAGCACUUCAAUCCGUCCCACUUGAAACCCCAAAUUCAAACACAUUUCCAGGAAGAAGUGAAGGCAAGUUGGCAGGGCCGAGGCAAAGACCUGUUGAGUGUGAAAGUGCCAGACAGUGAUGUGUCAUACACCUACAAAGUGAAGACUAGUGUGUGGGAUCACAUUAAGGGUGGUCUACUGAGCAGGAAGUAUGGAGUGCCGAUGACUGCGUCCUUGGUGGGGACUAAACCACAGGUUGGCAAUGGAACCACAGCUCUCACGAUCAGUCUGCCUCAAUCUGUCAUGAAUCCUCAGAAGGCUGCGUCCUUGGAAGGCCCCUUCAUGAAGUGUGCAGACUCCUCAAAGCCCCCACAGGUCACCCUACUAGCGUCCCAAAGUGACGCCCUCAGCUCAAAUCCCCGGAGCCUGGAGUGGAUGUCCACUGUUACUGCAGGUUACCAUGGGAUGGAGGUGUACAGACCUCCAGGGAGGCUGGCCCAAGGGCACGAGCAGUACUGGAUGAAGCCCUCCCCCGCACCCUUGCCACCCACCCCUCUACCAGUGCCUGAGGUUUUAGGUGGGUCCAAGAGACCGCAAGGUCCAUCUUCAUCUUUGAACUCGGGGGGACAGGCCUUUAGCCUCAGUAUAGUCCCCCUUGCAGAGAGGAGAUUUGGUGAUGUUACGCUGAAUGAAUUGCUUCCCUGGCUUGCAGACCGAACACCACAGUCACCUAAAGAGGGGUUAGCCAUUUUGAAAAAUGGUUGGCAGUGGUAUUACAGACGGUACAUUGACGUACGUAAGGGUGGUAUUGGAGGGGUCGGCAUGCUUAUUGCUGGCUACUGUGUCCUAAGCUACGUGUGGAGUUACCCACACCUAAAACAUGAACGUUGGAGAAAGUAUCACUGAGGAAGGACCAGUCUGUGGGCCUCGACUGAUGAACUGACAUUAGGUCUCUUAGUGAAGAGUACACUGUGUGUGCUGUGUGUUUCAUACAUCUGUGAAGCGGUUCAUGAAUCAAGCUUUUAUUUUUAUUGAACAUUUAUUUGUACUACUAAAUGAGUUGAUAAAAGGGAAUGUAUUUUUGUGAACACGUUUCUAAUGAGCAAUGAUGUAUAUGAACUAAUGGAAUGUUUUUUUUUGCAAUUCUCUAACAUUAGGCGCUGACUUGUAGCCUAUGUUCAUGUAUUUCUCUUUUUAGAACAGAAAAGGUCACCAGUUGAGCUAUCACAGCUCUUACAUGACUUCAAAGCUUGUAGCCUACCACCGUCUGUUUGUGUGUGGUAUGUCAAGUGUGGCCUAACUGACUUGUCACAUGAAACAUUUAUACCAUAUCCCUGUUGGUGGAAAAAUAUGUUGUGGAUCAUAAUUAAUUUGUUAGAAAUGUUUGAAAUGUAGCUGCAGCUGAAAAUGUUAAACAGACUGACUAUUUACAUUGAUGUGUUACAUAGAUGUAACUCCUCACCUUUUAGGUGACACACGUUUUUGAUAUCAAAAUAGGUGACAAUUAUUUAAAGUGUGUGGGGGUGUUUGAGCAGAGUAGAAGACUGCCAACCCUUGACCCUACUCUCUGAUUAGGUCUGAUGCUCAAAUUCUUACCUCAUCCAUCUCACUCCUGACCAACUAACCAAGGCAUCGAGUACUAGCCACUCCGAGGUGGAGUUGGAAUGCCAGCGUGGAAAGCUACAGUAAGUACACAUUCUGAAGAAGAGACGGCCAAGGAAGCAGCUGUGAUCAGAGACACACUGUUAUUACAUUUUGAAAGGAGGAGAAAAUGUCGCUGCAAUGUUACUUAUAAUAAAGAAAUAAAAAAGAAAUAAGUAAAGUGAUUAUCCUGCCCA